AUGAAGCGUGUGGGAACCCAGACGGCGAUACUCUCUGUUACCGCCCCCGGCGCCUGUAUUCUUCCAAGCCGCCAUGCACGCGAGAAAGUUGCGAGACAAUUAAACGAAUACUCUUCUGAUCUCCGUGAUAAAGAAGACCCUGGGCGUUUUGGGUUUUUUGCAUCGUUGCCAAACAUUCUCGAUACCGAAGACGCCCUUGCGGAGAUUGCAUAUGGCUUGGAUACUCUCCAUGCAGACGGAGUUGCCCUCUUCACUCGCUAUGGUUCUGCCAACACGUACCUUGGUCAUCCCGAUGUUGAACCCAUCUGGGCGGAGCUGAAUCGGCGAGGCUGCGUGGUGUUCAUCCAUCCCACUCACCCUGUCGAUACCCAGCCCGUUAACUCAAAGCUACCGCAGCCAUCUAUUGACUAUCCACACGAGACCACUCGCACAGCAAUGGAUAUGAUUACCAACGGAACCCGACAAAAAUAUCCCAACUGUAAAGUCAUCCUGUCCCAUGCAGGCGGUGCCCUGCCAUACAUAAUAUCGCGCGUGGCAAUACCCAUGAAGAAAGCUCCAGAUUUUCUAGUCUCGCACCGAAUGGGGACAACACACGACAAAACAAUGGAGGCAUUUUGCAGCUUUCAUUUUGAUUUAGCUCUAAGCUCUUCGCCGCAGGUUCUGGACAUGCUGCUGAAGCUGGUUCCGCACGAGCACAUCUUGUACGGGAGUGAUUUCCCAUAUGCGCCCAUAACUGCCUAUCCGGCGUUUCUAGAGGAGCUGGAGUCGUACCAAAUGGAUGCGGAGUUGAGGAGGAUGAUCAAUUAUGGAAAUGCGCUGCUGCUGUUUCCGCGUUUAGCAAAACAAGCAUUGUAG